AUGAGGUAUAUUUUAUCGAUAAAUCCGCGGUCACACUGGUCUUGGGGAAAAAUCCUUGUAAAUGGUUAAACUGGACAAAUGCCGUGUCUGCUGUUGCAGAGUCAAACGGGAGGACGAGGCAUACAACUUGUUGGAAAUCCCCAAGGCGGCAGCAAUGUUCACCGCUUGCACAAAUUUGAUGGUGGACCCUCGGCAGGAUUUUCUUCUGCCCAGUGUAUUGUGCUGUGGAUGCUACGAGGAGCUGGAAAAGUUCUACGCAUUCCGCACUCUCUGUAUAGAGACGGACACUAAAUGGCGCGCACUAAAAGAAGACACGGCAAGGGAGAUACACGUUGAGGACACCGAGGAUGAGGAUGACAUCAUUGAAUCCAUUCAGCUAAGUCCUGAACCGCCCAUGGAACCCAUACAGCUAUGCCCUGUCGCACCGAUGGAAUCCAUACAUCCAAAUCCUAUCCUUAUUGAAUCCAUACAGGUAAUUUCUGUUUCAUCCAUUGAACACGCACCAGGGAAAAGUCCUGUUCCAGCCAAAGAAUCCACACAACUGGAGCUGGUGGAGUGCACAGAUGCCGAAAAGAGUCCUCAAAGUUCAAGGAAGGACAAGGAACAAAAUGCAAAGAAUCCAACUCCACAAAAGGUUCCUUUAAAGCUUCGAGAGAUUCUCUACCGUUCCACUGGCGAUAUCGAGCGCACGGAUCCACAUGCAGUAGAGCUUAUUGGACAAACCUCCAAUCUGGAUUUCCUCAGCCGUUUCACGUGCAACAUCUGCUCAAAGGAAUUUGCCACCGAAAGACGCUGCCAGAUCCACAAGCAGCAGCAUGAUGGACAUUUGCUCUUUCCCUGCACAGAGCCUGGGUGUGCGGAGAGCUUCAAUAGACGGGAGCAGCGCACGGAGCACAUGAAGACACAUACGGUUCAUUGGUUCUCCUGCGAGCAGGAGGGAUGCAACAAGAAAUACCGCCACAAGGGCACGCUGGUGGCGCACCAGCGAAAAGCCCACGACAUAGGCUCCAAGUCCAAGUCGCACGUUUGCGAGUUCUGCGGCAAGGUCUUUCACACUCCGGCCACGCUCAACCACCAUCGGUACACACACAAGGACAAGAUUCAAAUGCCGUUUGCCUGCGAGGAGUCGGGCUGCUCCUUGCGCUUCCGGAAACGGCAUCACCUACAGGACCACACGAUGCGACACAAGGGCAUCAAGAACUACGCGUGUCCCCACUGCGGCGAGAAGAAGAUAACCCUCAACGAGCUCAAAGUCCACAUCAAUCACCACACCCUGGAGCGCACUUGGUCCUGCCCGCACUGCUCGAAGGUGUGCAACAGCUCGACCAAUCUGGGAGCGCACGUUCGAGCGGUCCAUGAGGCUGUCAGGAAAUUUCCCUGCGGCUUUUGCAACAUGACCUUCGUGAGGUCCCACACGAGGCGAUAUCACGAGAUGACCCACACGGGCGAGAGGAACUACAAGUGCAAGCAGUGUGGCAAGGGUUUCACCCAGCCCGCCACUCUGCGCGUUCACCGAAAGAUCCACGAGAGAUCCAGGCCGAGACCGCCAACGCCUGUGGUCUGUGUGGUCCCCGUGGUCUCAGUGGUGCCUGUGGUUUCGGUAGUGCCCAUGGGCAUAUCCGUACUGGGUGGAGAACUGCUCUAAAGUCAACUUUCUGUGGAAUUUAGUAGGAAUAAGUAGGAGCACUAGUCAUCCAUUGAAUGGUUUAAAUUUGUGGAAAAUACUGAUACUACGAAUUUAAAAUAUGCUAUAUGGUGUAA